GCCAGCGGAGGGCGAGCACGAAGCUCUCCAGCGCCCCGGUCGGAGCCGGGCGGCGAUCUUUUGUCUGGCGGUGAUUCCGGCGGCCGCGGCCGGACGCGGGCAGGCACCUGCGUAACCCCCGGUCCGGGGAUCCCCAUCGCGGGCGCUCGGAAAGGGGUCUCCGCGGCGCGCAUCUGGGCAGCGGUCGUGCAGACAGGCGAAGGAGGCUGCUCGGUGGGGGGGAAGAGAAAAAAGACCGGGGGGGAGGCCAGGAAAAGCGACUCUUUAAGGUGGACUCGCUCUUAAGGUGGACGGGCUCCCGGUCCUGUUUUGACUGCUUUUAAGGUGGAUCCUGUUCUUUUCCAAGGUGAAAUUGACAUCCAGAAAAAGACAGCCGAUGGAAGAAGCCGAACUGGAAAUUGAGAACCAGAAAUUUAGCAGCCGAGAACUGGACAGGAGAGAAGAGCCAAAGAAGGACUAAAAAGACAUGGAAACUGUUGGGAAAUUUGAAUUCAGUAGGAAAGACUUAAUCGGCCAUGGAGCUUUUGCGGUGGUUUUCAAAGGGAGACACAAAGAGAAACCUGAACUGGAGGUUGCGAUCAAAUGCAUUAACAAGAAGAACUUGGCAAAAUCCCAAACCCUCUUGGGGAAGGAGAUUAAAAUACUCAAGGAACUGAAACAUGAAAACAUUGUGGCCUUGUAUGAUUUCCAGGAAAUGGCCAACUCCGUUUAUUUGGUUAUGGAGUACUGCAACGGGGGUGAUCUGGCAGACUACUUGCACAGUAUGAGGACACUCAGUGAGGACACGAUCCGACUCUUUCUUCAACAAAUUGCUGGUGCCAUGAAGGUGUUGCAUAGCAAAGGGAUAAUCCAUCGGGAUCUGAAACCUCAGAAUAUUCUCCUUUCCUUUGCGGGGGGCAAGAAAUCGAACCCCAAUAACAUCCGCAUUAAGAUCGGUAAGCUGCCCUUCAGAUCUUUAAACUUUAAACUGAUCGUGUCAUCUCUGUGUGGUUCUGUACAGCGCCUAGCCCCAGAAGUCAUUAUGUCGCAACACUAUGACGCCAAAGCUGAUCUGUGGAGUAUCGGCACCAUCAUUUACCAGUGUCUGACAGGAAAGGCUCCCUUCCAGGCCAGCAGCCCUCAAGACCUUCGCCUCUUCUACGAGAAAAACAAGAUGCUAAUGCCCAACAUCCCUAGAGAGACAUCCAGCCACUUGAGACAGCUGCUGCUCGGACUCCUGCAAAGAAAUCACAAGGACCGCAUGGAUUUUGAUGAAUUUUUCCAUCACCCUUUCUUGGAUGCAAGUGCCUCUAUGAAAAAAUCUGCUUCUGUGCCAAUGCCUUCUUACCCAAGCUCGGCCUCCGGGAGUUCCUCCAGCAGCUCUUCCACGUCCCAUUUGGCAUCUCCCCCCUCCCUGGCAGAGAUGCAUCACCUGCAGGAGAAGGUAUUGGCCUCCCCUACCCAGGAUUCUCCCGGCUUCCUGCAUGGGUCGAAGGAGUCGGCGGGCAGCAGUAGCAAGAAUUCCUCCUGCGACAUCGAGGACUUCGUCAUGGUGCCAGCCCAGUUUUCUAGUGACAUCGCAGUGGAAGCCGCCGGAGGGAAAACCAUCCAGGACAGCCUGAUGUGCAGUGGGAGUUCCCUGGUGACAUCGGCGGGCUUGGAAAGUCAGGGGAGGACCCCGUCUCCUUCGCCUCCUUACAGCUGCUCUCCCAGCCCAUCGGGCAGGCCUGGCCAGUUUUCGUCAGGCAGCAAGCACGGACAGUCCGUCCCCAUCCCGGUCCCUACGCAGAUCCACAACUACAGACGGAUCGAGCAGAACCUUCAGUCUCCCAAUCAGUACCCUUCUCCAAGGUCUGGUAUGGUCAGGAGAUCAAGUAGCACGAGUCCACUCGGUUUCACCAAGGCCAGCCCUUCCCCUCCAUUUUCGGCCGGAGAGCACGGAGCCACGCCGGCUUCCAGGAGGUUCUCCUUUGGUGGUGCAAAGCCUUACACGCCAUCCCCACAAGUUGGAACAAUCCCCGAGCAGCCUGACCAGACCAUUAUCCCUUUCCCGCUUGGAGCAGAGAUGAGAAGCCGGGUCCCUGUGCCUGGUGCCUCCGUGCCUGACCCUUCCCUGCGAGGGAUGAGGGAUCUGAUUUGUGCUCUUAGAACUCUGAAUACGGGGCUUUGGUUGUUUGGGGCGCUGUCUCCUUUCGAGUUCCACAAAACUCCCAGCUCCCAAAACCUGCUCACCCUCCUGGCCCACCAGGGCGUCAUGAUAGCCCCAACGAGGAACAAGACCCUCCCGGACCUGAAGGAAAUGGGCCACUUUCACUGCCAGCAGGCCAGCCUGGGCCUGAGGCCGAUGGAAGAAGCCAAGGGCAGAUCUCUCAGUACUGGCCGCCUCACCGACCUCCUCCUGAAGGCUGCUUUCGGUGCCCAGAUCCCUGAAGCCGGCAGCAACGACAGCUUGAACAACGAGAAACCCAUGGAGAUCACAGCUCCGUCAGCCACCUGUGGAGGGAACUUAAACUCCAGAGCCAGGGACGGGGGCUCAGCCAGCCCCUCCCCAGUGAUCUUCACAGUUGGAUCCCCUCCCAGUGGGACAACGCCGCCACAAACCACCAGGGCCAGAAUGUUUUCAGUGGGAUCGUCUAGCUCCUUAAGUUCUGGAGGAUCUUUCAGUGGGCGGCACUUAGUCGUGGGAGCUGGCGUCGACGUGUUGGAAGCCCCGUCGGGGUUCAGAUACACGUUUGCGGACCCGAUCACGGCCAACCUGGAAGGAACAGUCACUUUUGAGGCACCUGAGUUACCGGAGGAGACUCUGAUGGAGCAAGAGCACACGGACAUCUUGCGCAGCUUGCGGUUCACCCUGGCCUUCGUCCACUACGUGAUGGAGAUAGCGGCCAUCAAAGGGAGCACGAGCGAGAUGAACAGCUCGGUGGCCUCUGAGUACCAGCUGCCGGAGAGCGCCGACCAGAUCAGCCAGCUGAGCAAAGAGUGGAGCUAUGCCGAACAGCUGGUGUUGUACCUGAAGGUAGCGGAACUCUUAUCCUCGGGCCUCCAGAUGGCCAUUGACCAGAUCCGGGCAGGCAAGCUGUGUCUCUCCUCCACGGUCAAGCAAGUUGUGCGGAAGCUGAACGAGCUGUACAAAUCCAGCGUGUCGUCUUGCCACUGCCUGAACAUGCGGCUGCAGAGGUGGUUCUUGGAUAAGCAGAAGCUCAUGGACCGCAUCAACAGCAUCACUGCGGAGAAGCUCAUCUUCAGCCAUGCCGUGCAAAUGGUUCAGGCCGCGGCGCUGGACGAGAUGUUCCAUCACCGAGAGGACUGCGCGCAAAGAUACCACAAGGCGCUGCUGCUGAUGGAGGGCCUCUUGAGCAUCAUCACGGAGCAAGGAGACAUUGAGAACAUUAACAAAUGUAAAAUGUGCAUCGAGCGCCGACUGUCAGCCCUGCUGUCUGGGAUCUGUGCAUGACAAAACGAGCCCUCACCCCACAGGUGGCCACCACUGGUUUCUCAGACACUCCCUGCUCAGAAGGAGGGGGCGGACUUCAUUCAGACAAGCCUCCGCCACACACCGCUUGGACGCUGGCCGGGGCCUCGCUCUCUCUGGGGGCCGUAUUCUAGGCGAUCAUUUCCAGGUUGGGAUUGCCACUUCUCUCCCUCCCGCUUCGGAGAUGGCAGCGAGGAUGACUGCAGGCCUCCUGACGUGACGCAAAUCGAGAGAGAGAGGCACAAACUGAUACACGGAAGGCUUUCCCCCUUCCCUUUUGGUGGCAGAAACUGGAUAAAGGAUCAAACCUCCUCCUUCACGUGUCCCCUUCGGAGGAGGAUGGGGCUACCACCGGGCUGGCCCCCUUGGUGAGCCGGGGACGCUCUAUCGCUUUGCGCGCCACCGCUGGCGGUGGAUGCACCGGAUGCGUUCGCUCGUGGACGACAGGAGUCGGUUGGGAGGCCGUGUCAUUGGUUGGGAAGAGUGUCAUUCUGUGAGCGGGUCCUCUCUCCCGACUUUACCGAUAGCCAGUCUUCUUGGGAGUUUUCUGAAGACUUGUCCCUCUCCCAACACCCCCCACUAAAGCAUUUCAGUACUGGCAGCCUGGAAAUAGGAGGGGCGAUCGACAUGGGGGGGGGACCCAAAUUCCCCUUUUGCUCGGACAACUGCAGCUUUUAUCCUCCCGUAGCAAGCUGGAAUCUGCUUUCAGGACGUCUUGGGUGGGGUGGCGUUUCUUGCUUGCUACGCGGGAAAGGCAGGCAAGAGAUUUUUUUUAAAAAAAUAGAUCUUUAUCUACAAACUAUUUGGAGCAGCGGAAAUCGACGACGGACUGUCUCACGUCAGUUACAAGAAGCCAAAAAAACUUGUUAUAUAUAUAUUUUUUCUUCUUCACCCAAGGAGGGAAAUCCUAAGUCGAUGCAUGGAUGUAACCCCCUCCUGUCCUUACAUCGCCACGUAUCCAGCACGAGAAAGCAUCGGUUGUGUUUCUGGCUGUCAGCCAUGGGUCAGGAACUAAGAGUCCUUUCCCAGGGAAGAAGAACACACACACUCACACACACACAGACACACACACACAAACACAGAUAAGUUUUGUGAAUCAAAGGAGCACUUUAUAGACUGUUUGAACUUGACCUUUGGGCAUUGCGUCCCGCAGUGAUCCGAGGAUACGGUCCCUUCUCGGGAUGCUAUUUCCCAACUCCUUCUCUCCCACCCCUUUCUGCCUGUUUGUUGAUAUAUUGUUGAUCGACUGGUUGUUGGGUUUGGGUAUUAUCUCUUUUUUUUUUUUUAAAGAUUGCACUACGAGUGUGUAUGUGUGUUUGCGUGGACAUAUAUAUUAAUACAUAUUCCCGGCGUCGAUAUGUAUUAAUGUGUAUAUUCUAUCACGCGUCGUACGUGUUUUGUUUUGUUUUAAAUCGUACUGUAUCUUCUGCUUGCGAGGAGGAAACCAGCCGCACAGCCCACUUUCACUCCGGGAUCCAGCUGCACUAAUAGAAGGAAUAAGUUUGCUUUUAACAUUUUUAUGAUUGGCUCUCCCCCCCCCGCAUCCCCCUCACCCUGACAAUGAGCGCCUGGAUAAAAAAACCAGCCCAGCCUGGUCUUGUCACAUCUCGUAAGCUAAGCAGGGUGAGC